CAGGUAUUAGUACUCUGCAUCGUUAUUGGAAAGCUUUCGCUCAUAACUGAUAGUUUGGUUAUGUUGAUUAUCGCUUUUGUUGCUGAGACUAGUUAUCAGCUGGUUUCGCGUUUGGAGGAAAUUAGCAGCUCCAGUGUUGUGGGGGGGGGGCAAAGCAAAGGGACUCUGACAGCAGAGCUCAAAGUUAUGGACAAGAUCGCUAAAGAUGUGGGUGACGUCCAGUCACGACUGCUGGACCACAGGCCCGUCAUCAAUGCAGAGAUCCGCUACUUUGUCAGAGAGUUUGAGGUACAGGAAAAACGGGGGUACAGGGAGAGCCGUCUGCUGGAGAACAUCAGUAAAAGUGUGCUGGAAGCUAACCAGCAAAUGCCACCAGCAAACUCAGGGGACAUGAACCAGCAGCUGUCUGAGGUCAUCAAACGGUUGGCGGCUGCUCAUCACAUGGCUGAAAGGGUCCAGCAGAGGGAGCUAGAGGCCCAGCAGGGCACCCAGCUGAAGGCGAACAUGGAGCAACUAAAAGAAGACUGGGCCGAGUUUCUAAAAGAGCAGCAGAGACUAAAGGAAGAGGUGGACGAAGAGCAUGCGAGGGCUGUAGGACAACUCAGCACUAAAUACAGUGAAAAGAAGAAGGAGUUGGCCAAGUUUACGCUGUGAUCAGCUGAUAAUAACGUGAAGAUGCGAAUGAACACAGUCGGUCUCAGAAACCUGCUCUACACACGCUAAACAAAACUGCUGACUUUGCUUGAUGAACUUGGUGGUUGGAAGCAAAAGAGCACUAAACUCAGCACAGUCCAAAUUGUGAAAUGUUCAAAAAAAACAAUCAUGAUUAAGAACGUUUUUACAGGCCAUCAAACUCACAAUUUUCUGUCUUAAGCACGUGGAACAUGUACGGCAUUUAAAAAAGAGAAAAAAAAAAGCCUGGACUACGUCGUUUUUAAAAAAGCAAUCGUUUGAUUUUUUUCUUUGGCUGUGAAGGUUUCAACAUUUCAAGGUUUUUAAUGGAUGCCUGCCCGAAGGGUCCUGAUGAUAAAUGAACAUCGUGUUGAAAGCAGCGUUGAGUUUGGCACAGCGGGGAGAUAUUCUGAGCACUAAAAGCGAGAUCAUUAAGUGUUCGAGAAGCCCUCCUGAGCAGGUGUGUUUGAAGAAGAACCCACCCCUCACCUGCUCUGCUCCCUUUGGAGCAUGUGACCUCUGACUUUACCUGCAAGUCAACAAAUGAUAAAAGGUUUUUGCCCGAAGCGAAACAGAUGAUCAGGAGCAGCUAAUGUUGGUUUUUGGUUUGUUUCUCUUGCCCCCUCAAAUCAUACAUUCUUGUAUUGAGACAGAAAAAGUCUAAAUCAAAUCUGGGCUCUCUGCAUGUGUGGUUGUCAUGCUUUGUGUGUAGUGUUCCUAACAAGUACAAGUUUCAGCAGCAUGCAAUAAUGAAAAAGUUGAGUUAUUAAAUAGAAAAGAACUGAAAUGUUGUGUUGGUUUUGAUGCAGCACAUGCAGUGCUUUUACUGAAGUGUUUUCGAGCACAGUGGCAUACUUCUGGACAGGUUAAUGGAUGGGUGGGUGCACUUGGCACAUUCUUGGCAUGUCUGAGACCAGAGUUCAUCUCAAACACCGUAGCAGGAGAAAUAUUUAACAAAACCUCCCCUCAAACAUCUGCACUCCCUUAAACUGCACAUACACUGGAUGUCUGAAUAGUCUCAUGAUCAUCUGAAGCGUGUUUGAGCCCUUCUGCAGAGUUUUGAUGCUGACUGCUUGAUCCUCUUUCACAGAAACUACAACUUUUUCCAUUAGCCCAGCAGUGAGCUGUCCCCACUGCUCUUAUGCAAGGACCCUGUCUGUGUUUUCUGCCUGUGUCUGUGCAAGUAAGAGCAGGUCACAGAGGGCACAGACGUGCCAGCAGAUGUUUAAGCAAAAGGCCAGUGCCGCUCUGUUCUGUGCAUGGCUGCGUGCAUACCUAUUCCUUCCCUGUGCCCUGAUGGCUGCAGCUGUCUGCCGCGGAGACGGACCAUCAUCAGCUGACAAGGAGUGGCAGUAUGGAAACACGGCUGACCUCUGCCAGCAAGCCACCCUUUCUGCCCUUUGAUUUUUGUUUUUUUGUUUCCCUGAAAUGAAGGAAAAAGAGUCACUGCUGAACUGUGUGCUCUCAAUAAGCAGAGAGUCACGAGCUUACAGGCUCAGCGUUGUGCUGUUGUUUAAUGAUCAAUCAGCUACUUCUAAUUCAUGCUCAGGGUUAACACAAACAGCAUUCUUAGAUGAUUUUUACAUGGAGAAGAUAUGACAAACAACAUCAGGCUGCUAAGGAUCACAUCCUCGUAGGUUGCCGGGACAGAGGGGUUCUGCACAGACGAGGGCAUGCGAUCCAGUAAGAUGAUGCCAAGUGCAGAAACUGGCCGGGCACCAGCCGAAAUCUCCUGUUACCAUCCUCCUCCGUCUGCUGCCUCUGGAUCGUCGCUGGUUUGUUUUUGGUCUCCCGUGUCUAUCUGAACGCAGUGCGUUCUUCCUGUUUUGAAGGGAGAGAAGUGCUCUCUGGACAUGCUGCUGCUGUUUGCUGUGCCAACAUAAAUGGUAGAAGAAACAGCAGCACCCAGAUGGAGCUCCUCCGGGCAAGGGACGGAGAAAAGGGUGUGCUGGUCAAUGCAAUCUGAUACUGUGUCUGAAAAAGAGCUUUCCACAUCCGCUGGAACAUAACAGAAUGUUUCACAGGGAUGACGCGCUCAGAUAACAGAGGUUUACCGAGAAAGGACUGAAAGAAUCGGUUUUCAGGGUGUCACCGUGUUUAUCAAGCAACCAUUUUACUCAGCGCAGAGUGAUUUAGUAACAAAUUAGAAGUAUCAAAUGUAGUCAUCAUGUGUACCGCCCUGACAUGAUGCUGUUACAUCCCAGUAGCAGACCUUAGUGAGUAUUCAAAGUGCUUUUACUCUACACAUUUACAUUCUAUACCUUAAACACUUUGUACCUAUCACACACACACACACACACACACACACACACACACACACACCAAUGGAUGCUCUGGCAGCAAUUUGGGAUUCAGUAUAUUUCCCAAAGACCACCUGCUCUACCUCUGGAGCCACAGCUGCCCACAGUGAACCGAACUGUGUCCUUGGUUUGCAUUUGACCGGGAACCUUUGCUGGACGUUGUCCUGCACCUGUUCACCGCAUUUCCCAUCAUACCUUCACUCCCAGCUGUUCAAUUAAAAAUAUUGUGAAAAACACAUCAUUCAGAGAUUGGAUUGUACUAUUCCCAUAGACUGUAUAUUAAAGAUGGCCUUAGCUACCAUGACAUCACCUGUU